AUGACAACCAACAACGGCAGCAUUUGGGAGCUACACAGAGAGGGAAUGUUGCCGCCCGAAUCGGGCGGGGGAGGAGGUGGGCACGUGGUGGAGGGCAGCGACGGUCUGAAGAAGGGUCCGUGGACGGCGGCUGAGGACCAGACUUUAAUGGAGUACGUGAGGAAACACGGCGAGGGCAAUUGGAACGCGGUGCAGAGGAACUCUGGCCUCAACCGGUGCGGCAAGAGCUGUAGGCUCCGUUGGGCCAAUCAUCUCCGUCCCAACUUGAAGAAAGGUGUCUUCUCUCCUGAGGAAGAGAGGCGCAUUCUUGAGCUGCACGCAAAGUACGGGAACAAAUGGGCUCGCAUGGCUUCUCAGUUACCUGGGCGAACAGACAACGAAAUAAAGAAUUACUGGAACACAAGGGUCAAGAGGAGGCAACGCCAAUGCCUACCGCUAUAUCCCCAUGACAUUAAACAAUCCCAUUCCCAAGCCACCUCGCUAACAAUCCCAAGUCUCACCCCACUCACAACCACAAUCCAAAACCCUUUCCAACCCAUCACCAAUGGCUCAACCCCAACUUUUUCUUUCCAAACCCAAACCCAAAGCCCAACCCAAUCCCAUCAUCUGCCCCCACUCUCCCCCCCUCCACCAUCUCUCUCUCCUCUCUCCUCCCCACACGAGACCAAGCCCACUACUCUCACUUCCUUCCCUCCUUUUGAUCCCAUCAACACCAUCACCUCUUCCUUCUCGCCAUCCUCCACACCCUCCUUCACCUUCCACCGCCCCGCCCCCAUCCUUGGAGCCCCGUUGUGCCAUAAACGGUAUCGGGACUCCAUGGUAUUCUCCCCACCACGCUUCCCAAACCUGAAAAGAAAUACUUCCAUGUUCCGUACCAGGUCAAUGCCUGACAUUGCCUCUUUUCAGUUAACAGGCUCCAACUCAAUGCCUGCCAUUGCAUCCUUGACCCGCACCUACUCGAUGUCUGACAACCCCUCCUUUGAGUUCCCCAUGACUUUCGACCAUUCUUUCCCGCCACUGCCUCGUUCUCAGUUCGAUUUCUCCGACAAUUUUCUGUCACCUGCCGGCUCAGUUUAUUCAGUCCAAUCGGAGCUCCCUUCAAACCAAGUAUCCCAAACACAGCUUCAGAUUUCCAUUGAUAACAAUCUAAGCUCGGUGGCUGGGGCAACACUAGCAGCCGCCGCCGACGAGACUCAUAGCAGGAGAGGUUUGUUGGACGACUUACUACAAGAAGCUGAUGCAUUAGAAGCUUAUGGUGGUGGAAAUAAUUCAAGGACAACAAAUGGGAUAUUAGGUUCAUCUGAAGAGAAGCAUGUGUUGGAUGGUUAUGACCAAUGGCUGCAGUCUACAAGCUCCGUUGAUGGUCACCUUAAUUCCAUGCAUAAGGAUUUCUCAAAGCUGUUCGGUUCCAUCCCUUCAUCGGAGUCGGUCUCAGAUUGGUAUAGUGACAGUGGAGAAGUCUCCAAUGCUCACUCUUCUGGCAUAACAGAUGUUAGUUUGGAUAUGCAGCAAAUGGCUUCGAUGUUCCCUACCGAUGCCACAGCAGAGCAUGGUAGGGCCUCUAGCUUUCGGGAAGAAGAGCAACUUUCUUACCACAUGGACAUGAACAAGGUCUUAAUGACCCAGUACAAUUAA